GAUGGCCCCUUAGAAGUGAAAACAAAAAAAAAGAGUUUAGCGGUCUUUCGAAAUUUUAAAAUGUGGUUAGAUUAUGACACAUAGUUAAAUUUAGUUCAUCGUUUAUUGUUCGUAUUUUUUAUGUAUCUCUGUAUCUAAAUUCCCACUCAUUAUAAACCAAAAUGGAUACAUCUGAUUGUAUUGUUGAGCCAUACCUGAGCUGCUCGUAUCGAGCUCAUAAAAAUGAAGUUAAUCAUGUCAAGUUCAGCCCAGAUUCCAGUCAUAUGAUUACUUGCUCGAAUGAUCAACAAGUUAUAUUUUGGGAAUUCAAGGAUAAUCUCGAGAUCAGACGAAGUUAUAGAUUGUCUGGCCAUAAGGAUAUUGUCCAUUGUGUCGAUUACUCUUCUAGAUCUGAUUAUUUUGUCUCUGUGUCAAGGGAUAAAACUGCGUGUCUUUGGAGACUAGGACAGGAUGGCCGACCUAAUCUAGAUCCUUUAAUUUAUAACUGUCAUUGCAGUACAAUCCGAUAUGUUGAUGUUUCUCCUAAAGGUGACUUCUUUUGUACAGCAUCAGAUGAUAAAAGUGUUAAAAUCUGGUCUGCUGUAAGCAAGAAUAAGCAAAUCAAUCUCCUGAAAGGACAUAUGAAUUGGGUUCGCUGCAGUAAAUAUUGCCCAAAUGAUGAACAGCUUGUUGCUUCAUGUGGCGAUGAUUCUUGUUUAUUUGUUCAUGAUCUGAGAGUAUAUGAUAGCCAGCCAACUAAGAAAGUGACCAAAAGAGGACUCAAAUUCACCUGCAUUGAUUGGUAUCCCAAUAAUAAAAAUUUGGUCGCAAUUUCAUCCCAUGAUGCAUGCAUAAGAAUAUUUGACUUGCGAUCAGAUAAGGCAUUGCAAUAUUACAAUGCACAUUCUGGACCAGUUAAUCAUAUCGAAUUUCACCCAUCCGGAAAUUAUCUCAUUAGCUCAUCUGAUGAUGGAACAUCCAAGAUUUUUGAUGUACUCGAGGGUCGAGUUCUUUUCACUCUACAGGAGCACCAAGGUGCUGUUUUUUGCUCAUCUUUCAAUAAAGAUGGCAAAAUUUUCGCUACUGUCGGUAAAGAUGCGAUUGUCAGUCUUUGGAAUAGCAAUCUAUUAGCACAGAAUGAUGAUAGCAUGCUAGAAAAUGAGCAAGGUUCAAUCGAUGUAGAGCGACUCACCAGGAGAUUGUCGAGCAGUUCCAUUAAGGAUUCAUCUUUCGACGCCAAAUUUUCACCAACUGCCGAUAAAAAGUCUGAUAAAUUGUCAAAUGUUGAUCAGCUUGACUCUUUAUCUGUAGACAGCAGGACAUCAAAAGACCCAUCAAUUUUGAUUCAAAUUCUCAAUCACUUAGAUUUACUUGCUCAAAGCGUUACGUCCUUGGAGAAACGGGUUGCUCGAAUUGAGAGAAAAUUUGGAGAUUUUUAAUUUAUUAGCAUUUUUUGGUCAUUUAAGUUAUCUAUUUUUUUGCAAUUUUCAUCUGUAUUUUUUUCUGAAUUUCUCAGUCAUUUUUACUACUGAACUGUGAGUAAACAAUGUUUUGGUGAUUUCGUGCAUUAUUGCGCUUUUUGAUUUGAUUCAUUUUUGUACUUUUCUAUUCCGUAUCAAAUGUUGUAAUUAUUCUUCAGCAUGUUUUGUUUAUUAGAUCCGAUCGAUCUAUUUCUUAGAUUUAAAACAAAUUAAAAUAUUUAAUUCUACAUUUCUUA